AUGUCCAAGCCUCUGUAUGCCACUGUCAAGUCCGUCUUGAGCGGCGAUACAUUGGUUCUUGCGAAUCCUCAAAACCCAGCUGCUGAACGGAUUCUUUCUCUCGCCUAUGUCAGCGCUCCUCGCCUGAGCAAGGAUGGCGACGAGCCGUUUGCUUUCCAGUCCCGAGAGUUCUUGAGGAAUCUCACCGUGGGAAAGCCCAUCCAGUUCACUGUUCUAUACACGGUACCGACCUCGCAACGAGAGUACGGAACGGCAAAACUCCAAGAUGGCACUGAAUUCCCUGAUGAGCUGAUCAAGGGCGGCUGGGUCAAGGUCCGCGAAGAUGCCGGCAAGAAGGAGGACAACGAGGACCUUCUGCAACGACUCGACCAGCUCCGUGAAUUCGAGACCAAGGCUAAGAACGAGGGCAACGGUCUUUGGGCUGGCACUGGUGGUGUGAUCGAGGUCCAAAACGACCUUGGCCACCCGCAGUUUCUGGAUGAGUGGAAGGGCAAGACGGUGGAUGGCGUUGUCGAGCGCGUUUUCAGCGGCGAUCGCCUCCUGGUUCGCAUUCUGCUCUCGGACAAGAAGCACCUUCAGAUCAUGACUCUUGUUGCCGGUAUCAGAACUCCUGCCACUGCCAGAACAAUUGUCUCAACGGGCCAGACCCAGCCAUCCGAGGAGUUUGGUGAUGAGGCUAAGGCAUUCGUCGAGAGGAGACUGCUUCAGCGGUCCGUAAAGGUCGAGAUGGUCGGAGCAAGCCCUCAGGGCCAACUGGUGGCCACUGUUCUGCAUCCCAAUGGAAACAUCGCCGAGUUCCUCCUCGCAGAAGGUCUCGCCCGGUGCAACGAUUUCCAUGUCACCUUGCUUGGCGACAGAAUGCCUUCACUGCGCGCUGCAGAGAAGAAGGCUCAGUCAUCCAACCUUAGACUGCACAAACACCACGUUGCCAAGGAAGCAGCAAAGGAAUCCGAAAUGACGGUCUCGAAAAUCAUCAGCGCCGACACCAUCAUUGUAAGAAACAAGAACGGCGAAGAAAAGCGGAUCAACCUCAGCAGCGUCCGUGGCCCACGCACAAACGAGUCAUCAGAGGCGCCGUUCAGGGAUGAGGCAAAGGAAUUCCUGCGGAAGAAGGUGAUCGGCAAGCAUGUCAAGGUGGCUGUUGAUGGGUCUAAGCCCGCUUCCGAUGGGUAUGAUGCUCGAGAGGUUGCGACUGUGACCCAGAACGGCAAGAACAUCGGCCUGCAGCUCGUCCAGGAGGGUUUGGUCUCAGUCAUUCGACACCGCAAAGACGACACCGACCGGGCUGCCAACUACGAUGAGCUUCUGGCUGCACAGGAGAAGGCCAAGGAGGAGAAGAAGGGUCUCUGGUCAGGCAAGGCACCCAAGUCAAAGGUUCUGGUCGAUGCGUCUGAGAGCCUUCAGAGAGCCAAGAUGAACCUGGGCUCCCUUCAACGACAGAAGAAGAUCCCUGCAGUCGUUGAUUUCUGCAAGUCCGGUUCCCGUUUUACUGUGCUCAUUCCCCGCGAGGGCGUCAAACUUACACUGGUCUUGGGCGGAAUUCGUGCGCCACGAGCCGGUCGUUCGCCCGAGGAGAAGGGUGAGCCAUUCGGAAACGAAGCCCUGGAACUUGCAAACAAGCGGUGCAACCAGCGGGAUGUCGAGGUCGAUAUCGACGACACGGACAAGAUCGGAGGCUUUAUUGGUGACCUGUACGUUGGCCGCGAGAGCUUUGCGAAGAUACUCGUCGAAGAGGGUUUUGCCUCUGUGCACCAGUACUCAGCAGAGAAGUCUGGCAAUGCAGCAGAGUUGAACACAGCAGAGCGGAAAGCCAAGGAGGGACGUAAGGGCAUCUGGCACGACUGGGACCCAUCUCAAGAACAGGAGGAGGAAGAAGCUGCACCCGCUGAGACUGCGGCGGUUGAUGCCCCUGUCAACAUCAAGAGGGAGUACCGGGAUAUUGUCAUCACCAACAUCGACCAGAACGGCAAGAUCAAGAUCCAGGAGGUUGGCAAGGGCACUGCGGCGCUCGAGCAAAUGAUGUCCUCGUUCAGGAAGUUUCACCUCGAUUCCAAGAACAACGUUGCCCUGAAGGAUACGCCAAAGGCUGGAGACAUCGUCUCGGCCAAGUUCUCCGAAGAUGGGCAGUGGUACCGGGCACGCAUACGAUCCAAUGACAGAGCCAACAAGGUUGCGGAGGUCGUUUACAUUGAUUAUGGCAACACGGAGAAGAUCCCCUGGGCGAAGCUGCGGCCACUCAACCAGGCCGACUUCGGCACGCAGAAGGUGAAGGCUCAGGCCAUCGACGCGUCACUUUCCUUGGUCCAACUGCCUACGGCCCCAGAGUACCUCAAUGACACUAUCGGCUUCAUUGGCGAGGUGACGGAGGGCAAGACGAUGGUGGCUUCCUUCGAUUAUGUCGACCAAAAGGAGGGUGUAAGCUACAUUACGAUCUACGAGUCUAGCGGAUCGCCGAAGCCGCACGAGUCUCUGAACCGCGAGGUGCUUCUCAACGGACUUGGCUUGGUGCCCAAGAAACUGAAGGCAUGGGAGAGAAGCCCUGUGUUUGCCGACACGCUCAAGGAGUACAAGAAGUCUGAGAGCGCAGCCAAGAACGACCGCCUGGGAAUCUGGGAGUACGGUGAUCUUACUGAGGACUAG